AUGGCCUCCGAGGUUGUGUGUGGAUUGAUCUUCAGAUUACUUCUUCCAGUGUGCCUAGCUGCAGCGUGCCUGUUCCGGUACAAUGGGUUCUCCUUCGUCUACCUCAUCUACCUCCUGCUCAUCCCGCUGUUCGCGGAACCCACCAGAACGACCAUGCAGGGCCACACAGGGCGCUUGCUGAUGUCUCUCUGCUUCACCAGUAUGACCUUCCUGCUGCUGCACAUCAUCUAUCAGAUCACUAUAACCAGCCUGGUGGCUGGGGGAGCCAUUGACUCCGGCUUCAACUGCUCAGUGUGGGAGAAAUCUGUACGACAGCUGGGCUUUGAGAGUCUGAGGGGGGCGGACGCGGGAAAUGGCAUACGCGUCUUCAUCCCGGACAUCGGCAUGUUCAUCUCGGGACUCGCCACCUGGCUCCUGUGCCGCAGCCUGGUGCAGAAGCUGCCCGCGGAGGAGUUGGCGCAGUACAACACUGACUUUGAGGCAGAGGACCAGGAUGAAGAUGAGGAGAAAGCUGAGCUGGAUGACAACAUCCUGUUGGACGAGGAAUUUGACGCGGAGGACGAGUGCGAGGAUGAUGAGGAAGGGCUGGACGAAGAAGAGGAGGAGGAUGAGGAGGAAGAGGAGAGCACAAAGAUGAAGAUACUCAGGCGGAUUGCCAGCGUGGCGUCCAAAGUCAAGGAGGUCAUCGGCAAUCUCAUCACCACAGCCGGCCAAGUGGUCAUAACUAUAUUACUGGGAAUGACAGGGAUCAUGCUGCCUUCAGUGACCUCAGCCGUGUACUUCCUGGUCUUCCUGGGCCUGUGCACCUGGUGGUCAUUCGGCCGUGCCUUUGAUACCCUGAUCUUCAGCUGCCUGUGUGUGCUCAUGGCCAUCUACAGCGCCGGCCACCUCAUGGUGCUCUACCUCUACCAGUUCCAGUUCUUCCAGGAGCUCAUUCCCCCAGAGGACAGCUACAUCAAGACAUUUGGGAUUUCCUCCAUCAUCCAGAGUAACUGCUCCUACACCUGGAAGCUCAGCGUCUACCCGGAGAUGCAGUGGUAUCACUACAUCAAUCCCAUAAUGCUCCUGGUGCUGUACUACACUCUGGCUACGCUGAUCCGGCUCUGGCUGCAAGAGCCAGAGGAUUCGGAGGGGCGAGAGGGGGAGGAGCCGGCGUGUGAUGACGUGGGGAACUCAGCGCAGAGGAAGCGGCAGCUCUGGAGGAGGGCGCGGUAUGGCACAGAAGAGAGGAACCUCCUCUCCACCAUGGAUGGGUACAGCGUGUCCCAAGGUGGGACAAUGGCCUCCAACGGGACGUCUUUCAGCUUCAUCUCCCCUAACCUGUCCUGUGAGAAUGGGUCAACAGCGCUGGAUCUGUACUCCACUCCUCAAUACAAAGUGGACAAGGCUGGGAACGAGUCUGAGAAUAAGGAUGGUAGUGUGUCUGAGGUCGGUGAGUCUCAGGAGGAGGAGGAGGAGGUGGAGGGCAAGGCCAGCACUCUGAGCACAGUGUUCAAGUUCAUCAUGAAGCAGAGCUACAUCUGUGCUCUCAUUGCCAUGAUGGCGUGGAGUAUCACCUACGUCAGCUGGCUUACCUUCGUGUUCCUGAUGUGGUCCUGCGCGCUGUGGAUGGUGCGUGACCGAAGGAGGUAUGCCAUGCUCACAUCACCCUUCAUGGUCAUCUACGGUGAUCUGGUGGUCAUCCUGCAGUACAUCUGGAGCUUCCAGACCAUGGACGAGGUACCGGGCCUCUUCCUUGAGUCCACCUCACCCUUCACGGAGCUGGGCUCGAAGAUAAUUUGCCUCCUCAGCUUCUGGCUGCUGCUGAGGCAGGCCCUGAUGGAGAGGCAGGAGAGGCAGAAGGAGGACACGGUGCUUUCCGACGUUAUAGCAGAUGUCCCCAAGAAGGAGGAGGAGGAAGAUGAAGAAGGUGGUGGCAAUAAGGAGAUCAUUCAGGUUCUGGGGAACCUGGUGAUGUCCAUGUUCGUCAAGUACUGGAUCUACGUCUGCGGAGGCAUGUUCUUCUUUGUCAGCUUCGAGGGCAAGAUUGUCAUGUACAAAAUCAUCUACAUGAUGCUCUUCCUCUUCUGUGUCGCGCUGUAUCAGGUGCACUAUGAAUGGUGGAGGAGAAUCCUGAAGUACUUCUGGAUGUCUGUGGUGAUGUACACCAUGCUGGUCCUCAUACUGGUUUACACGUACCAGUUUAAGACCUCCCCUCGCAUCUGGUACAACAUGACGGGAAUGAGUGACACAAAGCUGGGCGAUCUGGGCCUGCAGCAGUUCUCAGUGAGCGAGCUCUUCACCAGGAUCUUCAUCCCUACCUCCUUCCUGCUAUUCUGCAACCUGUACCUGCACUACUUCCACGAGCGCUUCCUGCAGCUGACCGACCUGAAGGCCGUGGCAGCCAAGCAGGAGAGCAGCAUCUACAGCCAUGCCAAAGUCAAUGGCCGUGUCUAUCUGAUCGUGAAUAGCAUCAAGCAAAAAAUAUCCUCCCAACAGAAUGAAUUGGUGCAUCCCGAAGGCAGCCUGGCUGACAUCACAAUGGCGAGCUCCUCCCCAGGCAGUAUGUCCAAAGAAGAGGAGGCAGGGGAGAAGGUUCUCCUGGAGCCAGAGGUGGAGAAGCAGCUGGAGAAGGAGCCCCCAGAGAAGGACAGGAAGGCAGAGAGUCGGCACUGCAGUGUGGGCACGGAGCCCCCCACUGACCAGAGCUCAGAGUUGAAGAACAAGUGGCACUUGGUGCUGGAUCGCCUGACGGUGCUGUUCCUCAAGUUCCUGGAGUGCUUCCACAAGCUGCAGGUCUUCAUCUGGUGGCUGCUGGAGAUGCACAUCAUCAAGAUAGUGUCCUCAUACGUCAUCCUGGUCACAGUCAAGGAGGUGUCUCUGCUCAACUAUGUCUUUGUGUUGAGCUGGGCCUUUGCGCUGCCCUAUAGCCAGUUCCGUCCCCUGGCCUCCAGCGUCUGCACUGUCUGGACCUGCGUCAUCAUCGUCUGCAAGAUGUUGUACCAACUGGAGUCCAUCCAGCCUCAAGCCAGCAACUGUGUAUUACCCAAGAACUACACAGAGGAGCAGAAAAAGAUUAUGGAGAAAUCCCUACUUUACAAUGAGUCUGUGGACCCAACCAACUGGGUAGGGCUGAAGAAGGAACCUGACAUGCUGGGGUAUUUGAGGAAUAACCUCUUGAUGUUGGCCAUCUUGGCUUUUGAAGUGACCAUUUACCACCACCAAACGUACUACCGGCUACGGAACAACCUCUCCCCUCCUCCCGCCAGGAUCAUCUUCCAUGACAUCACACGGCAACACCUUGACGACGGCAUCGUCAACUGUGCCAAGUACUUCAUCAACUAUUUCUUUUACAAGUUUGGGCUGGAGACAUGCUUCCUGCUGGUGGUGAACGUGAUUGGCCAGAGGAUGGACUUCUACGCCAUGCUCCACGCGUUCGGCCUGAUGGCAGUCAUGUACCGGCGCAGGCGGAAGGCCAUCGCAGAGGUCUGGCCCAAAUACUGCUGCUUCCUGGCCUGCAUGCUGAGCUUCCAGUACCUGGUGUGCAUCGGCAUCCCCCCAGCGGCUUGCAAAGACUAUCCCUGGAGGUUUCCCAACUCAGCCAUGGACUCCAACUUGAUAAAGUGGCUCUACUUCCCAGAUUUCCACACGAAGCCCAGUUCGGUUUUCCUCAUCUAUGACUUCAUGCUACUCCUUUGCGCCUCCCUGCAGAGGCAGGUCUUCGAUGACGAGAACAAGGCAGCGGUGCGCCUCUUGGCCGGGGACAACGUGGAGAUCUGCAGGGACCUGGAUGCAGCGUCCUUCAGUCUCCACAACCCCGUGCCUGACUUCAUCCACUGCAGGUCUUACCUGGACAUGCUAAAGGUGAUCAUGUUCAGCUACCUCUUCUGGUUCGUUCUCACCAUCAUCUUCAUCACGGGGACCACGCGCAUCAGUGUCUUCUGCAUGGGCUACCUGGUGGCCUGCUUCUACUUCCUGCUCUUCGGCGGUGACCUCCUGCUCAAGCCCAUUAAGAAGAUCCUGCACUUCUGGGACUUCCUCAUCGCCUACAAUGUGUUCGUCAUCACCAUGAAGAACAUCCUCUCUAUAGCUGCCUGUGGCUACAUCAACCCCCUGAUGGUUAAACACUGUUGGCUCAUCCAGCUGUUCAGUCUGUCCUGCACUAUAAAAGGCUACACACUGCCUGACGGUGAGAAGAGGAAGGACUGUGAGCUGCCCAGUGAUGAGGCAGGGAUCAUCUGGGACAGCAUCUGUUUUGCCUUCCUGCUGCUGCAGAGGAGAGUCUUCAUGAGCUACUACUUCCUGCAUGUGGUGGCUGACAUCCGAGCCUCCCAGAUCCUAGCAUCCAGAGGAGCUGAGCUAUUCCAGGCCACCAUAGUGAAAGCGGUCAGGGCCAGACUGGAGGAGGAGAAUAAGUCCAUGGAGCAGCUGAAGAGACAGAUGGACCGUAUCAAGACCAGGCAGCAGAAGUUCAAGAGGGGUAAGGAGAAGAUGCUGAGCAUGGCUCAGGAGUCGGGCGAGGGUCAGAAACUGAUCCAGGACGAGGACGAUGACGAAGGGAAAGCAGACAAUGAAAAACCCAAGGCCAAAAAAAAGCUGUGGUGGCGGCCAUGGGUUGACCAUGCUUCCAUGGUCAGAAGUGGAGAUUAUUACUUGUUUGAAACGGACAGUGAGGAAGAAGAGGAAGAGGAGGAAAAAAAAGAGGAGGAAGCUCCCAAGAAAUCAGCGUUUCAGCGAGCAAUUGGAAAAUUUGCCUCUGCGAUAUUGGCCUUGCCCAAGUCUAUCAUUAAGCUGCCCAAAACUAUUCUUCAGUACAUAAUCAGGGCAGCCAAGUUUGUGUACCAUGCGUGGAUCACAAACCCCAAAACUGCCCUGAAAGAGCGGGGCAAAGGCAAGCGUAGGUUCUGGAAGAAGUACACCGGAGGGGACAAGAAGAGGAUGGACAGGAAGGAAGGCCCAGUGACUAUAGAAGUGCAGGAGCUGGAGGACGAGCAGGAGAGUGGAGAGGAGGGGAAGAGGUCUGAUGAGCCAGACAACAUCAUCAAACGGAUCUUUAACAUCAUCAAGUUCACCUGGGUCCUGUUCCUCACCACGCUGGACAGCCUCACCGCCUGGCUCAACUCCAUGUGCCGCGAACACAUCGACAUCUCCACUGUGCUGCGCAUCGAGCGCUGCAUGCUCACACGCGAGGUCAAAAAGGGGAAUGUGCCAUCCAGGGAGAGCAUCCACGUCUUCUACCAGAAGCAGAUGCGCCUGAACCUGUCGAGGGAGUCUGGCCUGGACCGGAUCGACGAGGAGAGCUUGGCGUCCGGCUCCCACAGGGUGCGGCGAAGGAAGGCUGGGUACAGGAUGGAGAGCCAGGACUCCAUGGCCUCGCGUGACAGCAUGUCCAGCAACUACACGGAGGCCACCAUGCUGCUGUCACGCCAGUCCACGCUGGACGACCUGGACGGAAUGCCUGAGAGCAUUCCCAAAACCAGCGAGCGCGCCCGGCCCAAGCUGCGCAAAAUGUACGGCCUGGACAUGUCCACCUCCUCGGCCGACAGCGGCAGCAGCGCCGUGUCCAGCGAGGCCACGCAGUGCAUCAUGCUGUACUCACGGCAGGGCACCACCGACACCAUCGAGGAGGUGGAGGACGAGCAGGACCAGUGGGAAGAGACGGGGGACCAGGCGGCCGAAGGCCUCAAGCCCGGGGCAGAGAGCGAGGAUGCUCAGGAGAGCCCCUCCGGGGGCAAGGACGUGGUGGGGGAGGGCUCGGCCCAGCCGGGGGCCUCGGACACCGACGGCCCCGCAGAAGGCGACCUGCCGCCCUCCUAUAGCAAGGCCGUCAGCUUCGACCGCCUGUCUGCCACCUCUGACUCGGAGGACGACAAGCGGCUGAUGGUCAUGACCCCCGACGACAGCCGCUCGGACUACGCCGACGACUCCCUGCUGCCCUCCACCACGCUGGAGCUGACAGCCAGCGAGCUGCUUCUCAACAAGAUGUUCUACGACGAGGAGCUGGAAGGCUCCGAGAAGUUCUACAGCACGCAGCCCCAGCUGCUGCAGCUGUGCUAUGCCCUCUACAACAUGCUGGUGGCCCGCUCCGAGAUGGUCUGCUACCUGGUCAUCAUCCUCAACCACAUGAUCUCGGCCUCCAUCGCCACCCUCGUGCUGCCCAUCCUCAUCUUCCUGUGGGCCAUGCUGUCCGUGCCGCGGCCAAGCAAGCGCUUCUGGAUGACGGCCAUCGUCUACACAGAGGUCACCAUCGUCAUCAAGUACUUCUUCCAGUUCGGCUUCUUCCCUUUCAACCUGAGCCGGAAUUUGGUGGUGGACAGGAAGAAGCCCUACCACCCACCCAACAUCAUUGGAGUGGAGAAGAAGGAUGGCUACGUGCACUACGACCUGGUGCAGCUGCUCGCCCUGUUCUUCCACAGGUCUAUCCUCAAGUGUCACGGCCUGUGGGAUGAUGACGACCCCAGCGAGAAGCAGAAGAAAGCGGUAGGCAGGGAUGACUCAAAAGACGAGCAGAAGGGGGCGGCGGAGGACCACAGGGGCUCCACUCACUCCCUGAAGUCUGUCAACCUGGCAACAUCCCUGGAGUCAGUGCGUGUGCACAUCUCCAAGCAGCAGGCCUACCAGCGGCGCAGGAGCUCUGGGGGCACCUCCCACCUGUCCCGCCGCUCAUCCCGCUCCAAGAGAGAGAGCACAAGCACACGAUACGGCAGCGAGGCGGGCGUCCAGCAGAAGAGCCGCAGAGAGUUGCUGCUGGAGAAGCUGAGAGAGCAGCUGAUCAAGGCCAAGGCCUUUAUCAUCAGGAAGACCCUGGACAUCUACCUGCCCAUUCGGCAGUUCUUCUACAACCUCAUCCACCCUGAGUACAGCGCUGUCACUGAUGUCUACGUGCUCAUGUUCCUGGCCGACACCGUUGACUUCAUCAUCAUUGUGUUCGGGUUUUGGGCUUUUGGGAAACAUUCAGCGGGUGCCGACAUCACUUCCUCUCUGUCAGAGGACCAGGUGCCAGGGGCCUUCCUGGUCAUGGUUUUGAUCCAGUUUGGCACUAUGGUGGUGGACCGUGCCUUGUACCUUAGGAAGACGGUUAUGGGAAAAGUCAUUUUUCAGGUCAUCCUGGUCUUUGGAAUUCAUUUCUGGAUGUUCUUCAUUCUGCCAGGAGUCACAGAGAGGCGUUUCAGUCAGAACCGGGUGGCCCAGAUCUGGUACUUUGUGAAGUGCAUUUACUUUGGCCUGUCAGCCUAUCAGAUCCGCUGUGGCUACCCAACCCGUGUGCUGGGCAACUUUCUCACCAAGAGCUACAAUUACGUCAAUCUCUUCCUCUUCCAAGGGUUCCGCCUGGUGCCCUUCCUGACAGAACUGCGGGCGGUGAUGGACUGGGUGUGGACCGACACCACCCUCAGCCUGUCCAGCUGGAUCUGUGUGGAGGACAUCUAUGCCCACAUCUUCAUCCUCAAGUGCUGGAGGGAGUCGGAGAAGAGGUACCCCCAGCCCCGCGGGCAGAAGAAGAAGAAGGUGGUGAAGUACGGCAUGGGGGGCAUGAUCGUGGUGCUGCUCAUCUGCAUCGUCUGGUUUCCUCUCCUCUUCAUGUCCCUGAUCAAGUCUGUGGCUGGUGUGGUCAACAAGCCCAUCGAUGUGUCCGUUACAAUCACCCUGGGCGGCUUCCAGCCUAUUUUCACUAUGAGUGCACAGCAGAAACAGCUGGCAAAUCUCACCAACAGGGAGUACGAAAAUUUCAGGAAGUCCCACAAGGAACCGGCCGUCAUGCAGUUCCUGGAGGCCUACACCUUUGAGGACGUCACCAUCGCUGAACUGGAGGGCAACUCCAACUCCCUGUGGACCAUCAGCCCCCCAAGCAGGAAGAAGCUGAUAGAGCUGCUGGGCGGAGAGGAGCACUUCCUCAUCACCAUUUCCUGGAACAUUCAGAGGAACCUCUCUUUGGGUGCCAAGGCUGAGUUUGCAACAGAGAAGCACGUGACGGAGCUCAGUAAAGAAACGCGACAGGAGCUCAAAAAGUUGCUGAGUGAAGCAGACAGUACCAACACUAAGCCAGUAAAAAUAGAAGGCAUCUUUCCACGCUACAUACGGGCUCCCAGUGACUCCAACGCUAAGCCCAUUGAACAGUUCUACAAAGAUUCGAAUUUCGAGAAUUUAAAUCUGAGCCUGAGGAGAGACAACAACACUGGCCAGGUGCAGGAGUGGUGGAUUGUCAACCAGACGAGCGCAGGCCGGAUCACCAAGAAGGACCACAAGAGGGAGGGGCUGGAGCUCUACGUCUUCAGUGACCAAGUCAGUCCUCCCAGUCUGGGCUUCUUAGCGGGAUACGGGAUCAUGGGCCUGUACGCCUCUGUGGUGCUGGUGAUUGGGAAGUUUGUGCGCGAGUUCUUCAGCGGCAUCUCCCACACCAUCAUGUUCGAGGAGCUGCCCUGCGUGGACCGCAUCCUCAAGCUGUGCACCGACAUCUUCCUGGUACGCGAGACGGGCGAGCUGGACCUGGAGGAGGACCUGUAUGCCAAGCUCAUCUUCCUCUACCGCUCCCCGGAGACCAUGAUCAAGUGGACCCGGGAAAAGACCCAGUGAGAAGCCCCCCCGG